CUUUCAGCUGUCAUGGCUGAAAAGAGGAAAGCUGUGAGGCUUCUACUGCUGCUUCUUUUGAUUUUUGUCGCUGUUUUGCAUUUAUUUAUUUGUCCGUUUACUAAAGUUGAAGAGAGUUUCAAUUUACAGGCGGCACACGACAUUUUGUAUCACAGACUUGACUUUGACAAGUAUGACCAUCAUGAAUUCCCCGGUGUUGUUCCUCGGACUUUCCUCGGCCCCUUGUUCCUCUCCACUCUCUGCUCCCCUGUUGUUUUCCUGUCACAUCUGCUGGAUGCACCUAAAUUCUACACUCAGAUUACAGUCCGAGCGUCGCUGGGAGUGUGCGUCAUCGCCGCUCUGUGGCACAUGCAGAAGGAGGUGAGGAGGCAGUUUGGCUCCACAGUUGCAGCUCUUUUCUGUCUGACGUGCGCGUCCCAGUUUCACCUGAUGUUCUACAGCACGAGGACGCUCCCGAACAUCUUUGCUCUCCCUAUAGUUCUCGUAGCGUUCACAUCCUGGAUGGCUCAGAAAUACGCUCGCUUCAUCAGCCUCUCGGCUUUGGUCGUCAUCGUGUUCCGGUCUGAGCUCUGCAUCUUCGUGGGUCUCAUGUUACUGAGGUCACUGCUGAGCAGGAAGCUGGGGCUGCUGACGCUGAUUUACUGCGCUGCUCCGGCUGGGAUCCUGUCCUUGGCUCUGACGGUGUCUGUCGACUCCUUCUUUUGGCGGAAAUUUUUGUGGCCUGAGGGCCAGGUGCUGUGGUACAACACUUUUCUCAACAAAAGCUCCAACUGGGGAACUUCGCCCUUUUUAUGGUACUUUUACUCCGCAGUACCUCGAGCCCUGGGCUGCACGCUGCUCUUUGUGCCGCUCGGCCUCCUUGACAGGCGGAUCAGGCCUCUGCUGCUCCCCACAGUGGGCUUCAUUCUCAUCUAUUCACUGCUGCCUCACAAGGAGCUGCGCUUCAUCAUUUACACCAUCCCCGUGCUCAAUUUGGCUGCUGCACGCGGCUGCUCAUUCAUUUUGUGCAACUAUGAGAAGUCGUGGAUGUACAAACUGGGCUCUGCAGCUGUGGUUGGCCAGCUGUUGAUCAACACAACGUACUCUCUUGGUUGUCUCCAUGUUUCCUACUACAACUACCCUGGAGCUCGAGGACUGGAGAAACUGCACGAGCUUCUGCCAGCUGCAGCAGAUGUCUCCGUUCACAUCGACACGUACGUUGCUGAAACGGGCGCGUCACGCUUCAUGGAGCUCAACAAAAACUGGAGAUAUGACAAACGGGAAGGUUUAAGCAUCACGAGCCCCGAGAUCAGAAUGUACUCGCACUUAUUGAUGGAGGCCAACAUCACCAGGAUCCUGCAGCUCCAGGACACUCAUCGGCCCCUGAUUUUCAUUGAGGGCUACAAAAACACGGCCUUCAACGUGGCUCACUUCCCUCCCGUCAGCAUAAAGUUAGAGAAUAAAACUGUCCUGAUGGAGAGAACACACCGGCUGGAAGAAGAGAAACACUAACGGGAGUUUUCUGGAUUAAAAGGUUGAUUUCUCAGGUGACCAAAUGUGAUUUAAAACACGUUUUAUAGAUUAAAAAAGGAUUUUCUUCAAGUUUCACAUUGCAGUACAGAUCUAAAAUGUUACCCCAACAAAUGAGUGCAUUGUUUACAUCAGAAUAUGAUUGGUGUAUUUUGCAGAUUCAAUAAAUCAAUAGAAACUGGAGCAAAAGCAAAUGGAGCCUUGCACUUAAAAACUCAGCUAUACACAACUCCCAUCUUUUGUAUUACAAUAUUGUAAAUUGAAAACCUUUAUUUACAAAUAACCACAAAAAUGAGAAUUUGUCCAGUUUCAAUGCUAGAACAUUUAUCAAAUUAAGCUCAUAAAUCAAUUUCAUAGAAAAAUGUACAGUACACUGUAUUAAUCAAUAAACCCAUAAUUUAAACCCCCAACAUAAAAUUGUGCUUAAGACAAACUAAAUACAAAAAAAUCCCCUUUAUUCUGAAAAUACAGCAAUAUUAUAAAUGAUCAUCUUGAAAAACAUAUCAGCAAGUAAAAAAAAAAAAAAAAGUUUUAAAAGCUGUACCAUCAGCCUCAAAUUCACACACAAAAUAAUUAAAUAGCAUUAACUUAAAACAUUGUUCAGUCACAGCAUUUAAUUUUGCACAAUUCAUUCAGAAAACAAAACAAAAAAAAAAAACACAGAAAGAAUCCUGACAUUCUGCACAAUUUCAAUGAUAUUUACAGCAUUUUUGACCUGAAGUAGUUUUAGAUAAGGCACAAGGGGAGAGAAGACGGAACGAUCAAGAAAAAACAUUUACAACCACGGUAUCACCAACCCCUACAGCUAGACGAAC